AUUACUGAAGAUUCAAAUAAUAAUACAUCUUUAAUUGAUCAUGAGCAAGUUGUUGACGCAUCAACGAAUACUGGUGAUAAUGUUCAACAAUCACCAUGCAUAAGAGAGAUACAUAAGAAUAGUUGGUUGAAAAAGAUGCCAUGUGCUGACCGGUGGUCUGGAAGAUUUCCAAAGAGCCAGAGACCUGAAAAGUUCUGGGUUGUAUUUUGUGUGCAUGAUGAUAAAGAAGCAUUUCUUGAGUUUUAUGAAAAUAGAAGAAGUGCAUAUUCACAUAUGCCACUGUCGAACAUUUCUUUGGCCAAGUGUUUACACAUUUCACCAACAAUUGUUGCCCAGGAAAAUGAUCAUGAAUUUGUUAUAACAUUAGAGACUCAAGUUAUUAGACUUGCAGCAUCAACAAAUGAUCAGAUGCUGGAGUGGAUGGAUACUAUGCGUACGAAACUUAGAGAAUUGGGUAUAUUAGAGCCUAAAGAUAAUUUGUACAGCAAAGAACCUAUAACAUCCAGUAAAACAGCGGCAUCUUCUGUUGGGGAAACUCAUGUUUCUGAGUUACAAAUGCGUGAUGAUUUUAGCAGAAUGUCUUUGAGAGAUCCUAAUUCGCCUUUGCCUCCAGUUCCUGCUAGUGCUGCAUUGCAGCUUGAGCUCCGAGAUUCUUCUGUACCUUCAUCUACGGUUGUGUAUAUCAGAAAUCCUCCUAUACUUAGGUCUUCCAAUCAUCCCUCAAGUUCUUCUACAAGCCCAAGUGCCCUUUCUGAGCUUUCUGCUGAUGUAUACCUAACAUUUCCAGUUUCCUCAACUCCAUGCCCAGAGAACAUCUUCAACUUUGAUGUAUCAGACACUGAGCAGACUACAUAUCAGCGUUCUAGAAGUAACAGUUUAGUGUCGCAAAAUAGUUCUCCUGCUUCAUCCCCUAAUGUUAUUGAAGAGCGAAUAUCUUCUGUUCCAAGUACACCUUCAAUAGAGCAGCCAUCUUUGUAUGAGCCUUUGUUUUAUUCAUGUGUAUCAAACGUCAGUUUGGGUAUUAGAAAUCCAAACUAUGAAAAUCCUCCUCAACCAGCUCGUAGAAUGUCAUCAAACUCUGCUCCAGCUCUUCCACCUAGAUCAGCAAAUGAUCAAAGGAGGAUGUCUUCCUCAAUCGCUAAUGACAUACAAAAUAUGCAUUCUGGUUCAUCUGUUGCAACUAGUGGCCUGAGUAACUUGGCAUCUACGUCCGAUCCUUCGUUGAAUAUUUCAAGUGGAUCUUCUAGAGCACCAGAAUCUCCUACUCAUAACUCUGCUUCAUCUUCAGCUGUUCUAGUAAGGACUCAGUCACAGCUUGAAUCUGUCCGAAAUGUUCCAGAAAGGAAUGGCCAUCUGCCAUCAGACGAAGGACCACCACCUUACAAUGGAAUAGAACAACCCUUGAGAAGUUCCCAGCCUGGUAAUUUGCUAUCUAAUGGUGUGCUUGUUGAUGCAAAUGGCAAACCUUUAUCUUUGCGGGAAGUUCAAGUUCAAAAGCUGCAGUCAGAAAUUCUUCAUAAAAGUGGCGUCAGGCUAGUUUUGCGGAAGAAGGACUGCAUUAAUGCUAUUGCUUUAGUAGAAUGUUUUAAUUUAGUUUGGGUUGCUGGUUGGAAGCAAAAAGAGCAUCCUUUCUUGCACAAUACCUUUCAUGUUGGUGAUCGUGUUAUUAGCAUAGCUGGUCACAGAAUUUUAUCGGUACAAGAUGCCCAUAAAGCUAUCAAGCAUCAAUCAUCAAUUGUUGAAUUUGUUGUUAGAAGAGUUCCUUGUGGCAAAGUUUUAGCUAUUAAAAGAGACUUUGAAGGUCAAGAUUUGGGCAUCAUUAGAGAAGGAGGAUCGGCAGAAAUUAAAGAACUUAAACAAAAUGGCUUAGUAGCACGUCAUGGGCUUCCUUCAAAAGCACCUACAAUGGAUGGCAGUUCAUUAUGUAAUUGGGUAUUUACAGAAAUAAAUCACAGACCUUUGAACUUAUUUUUUAAGGAUAAUGAGGUUCAUGACAGGUUAAAUGCUGUUGGUCUUGAUAUAUCAAUAUUGGUGCAGCCUCUUGAUUUAGUGAAAGCUUUGAAAAAGCAGCUGAAAACAUUCCGUAGCUAUAAAGAUUAUAUUGUUCAGUAGUUUUUCAUAUUGAAAUUUAGAAAUGAAUUUUGUUUGUACCAUUCCUGAUUUGUGUUAAGUAGACUUGUUUUACCACUAAUUUAACAUUUAACUGUUUUUUUUUUUUUUUUUACAUUUGAGUAUGUUAGAAGAUACAUUAAAUGUUUGUAUCGUCAAUUUAGUGUCCUUGAGUCAUCCUUGAGUGAGCAAUUUCUGCUUUAAUAUGAAUUCAAUUAUGAAAUAAAAGUUCAUGGGAAUGAAACAGUGAACUUCUAAAAACUUAGACGUUUUAAAACUAGAACAUUUUAUAUUUUACUGUACAAAAAUUGUGAAAUAAUACUACCCUUUGAUUUAUG